AAACGUAAAAGUGGAUUUCUAAAACCAACCAACCAGUAAACAUGGCCACCAGCAUUCACCUCCCCACCUCCUUCCGUCCCACCGUCACCACCAUCAAACUCAAACCCAAAAAACUCCGCCACUCCCCACCCAAAAUGUCCACCAACCAAACCCCAACCCCAACCCCAACCCAACUCAUCACAUCCAUCACAAAACUCAUCUGGGGCAAAUCUCUCCCACCCCAACUCCUCAUCUCCACCGUCCGCACCACCUGGUCCACCGUCUGGCACCUAAUGAUGUCCCAACUCGCCCCAUCCGACCCAUCCGGAUCCUACACCCGACCCCUUUCCCAAUUCCGCACCCCAAACCCCCAACACCUUAACCCCACCUCCCUCCACCUCUACGCCGCCCUCCCCUGCCCCUGGGCCCACCGAACCCUCAUCGUCCGCGCCCUCAAGGGUCUCCAACACGCUAUCCCCGUCUCCAUUGCGUCCCCGGGCCUAGACGGCUCAUGGGAGUUCAACGAUACUACUAAUAUUCCAGCUGGGCCUGGGGAUAAGAAGCUUGUUCCUACCCGGGAUAAGGUUAACGGGGCGAAAACACUUCGGGAGGUUUAUAAAAGGCGGCCGGGCGGCUAUGAUGGGCGCUGUACGGCGCCCAUGCUGUGGGAUUUUGAGAAGAAUGAGGUUGUUUGUAAUGAGAGUUAUGAUAUUAUUGAAUUGUUGAAUUCGGGGUUUAAUGAGCUGGCCAGGAAUCCGGAUUUGGAUCUUUCACCGCCAGAGCUUAAGGAUCGGAUUGAUGAGUGGAAUCGGGUUAUUUAUCCCAGCAUUAACAAUGGUGUUUACAGGUGCGGGUUUGCACAAAGUCAAGAAGCAUACGACGCCGCUGUGAACGAGCUGUUUAGUGCUUUAAACACAGUCAAUGAUCAUUUAAGUGGUUCACGGUACUUAUGUGGAGAUAAGCUUACAUUAGCAGAUGUAUGUUUAUUUACUACUUUGAUUCGGUUUGAUCUCGUGUACAAUGUCAUGUUCAAAUGUACAAAGAAGAAGGUGGUCGAAUAUCAAAAUCUUCAUGGUUACAUGUGCGAUAUCUAUCAGAUUCCACAUGUGGCGGAGACAUGCAAUCUUGACGCGAUGAUGGACGGUUACUACAAGUUCUUGUUUCCAUUGAAUCCAGGCAACAUUAGACCAGUUAUGCCCUCUGCAUCUGCCCAUGAAUUCCUCUUACAGAGUCACAAUAGGGAAUAUCUUUCAACCUCUCAACAAAUUCUUGUUUCAUAGUUAUGUACAUUAGGUUUAAAUGUAUGUCAUGUUUGACAAGUUUUAAUGAAUAUAUGUAUGUGUAUAGAUAGCACUUCAUUUCAACAUACUUGUGUUUUUACACAAUACAGAGGCAACGUAAAGAUGUGAUUGUUUUAUGAGCA